AGGGAGCAGUUUUUCGUCAGUCAGUAAUGUAAAUUCCAUGUGUUUAGUGUUGUUUUGUGUCAACACAUACAUAUCCUGUUGCCCAAACAAACAACAACAACACCAGCUACUCUAAUGUGCUCCAGGAAACAAUAUUUGGACUGGGUGUGUCCCUUUCUGGUGGAGAGGCCCGUGCGACCGUAUGGUCGGGACCGUCAGCCCCACGAACUCUUGCUGCAGGCUAUCUGCCGGCAAAAGAAGUGCCUGCCUCACGACCAGUUGGCGGAUCUUCUGCGGAACAUGACCUUUGGCUCGGCAAAGCACAGGAUAUCCAAGUCCAAAAAGAGACAGUGUGGCGGUUCGGAGGCAAAACCUGAACCCACGGAUGCCGAAGUGGUUUUUCACGACAGGAAGAAGUGGUCGCCUCAUGCCGACCGCUGCAGCUGGGGCAGAUCCCGCAUCGAAUGGCUCCAAAAGCUGGAGGAGCAGCAAAAACAGUGUUUCCGGGCGCUCCACGAGCCUUCUGGACCCAUCUUGGGCAAAAGCUCUAGCAAGAUGAACACCCUAACAAAAAAUAAUGGCAAAAAGAGGAGCAAGGACAAAGCACGCAGCAAGGAUAUUGGUUGGACAAAAUGCAAGAUGCCCGGCUGGUGGGCCUUCAUACCAUUCUCCUGCGUUUGGGGCCUGCCCCGCACCCAUUCAGUCUGCCUGAACGUGUCCCGCCCCAAGAAGAGUUCGUGAUUUGGUGGAGGCAGCAACUUUUUGGCUAGCCUGCAAUUUCAUUUCGAUUUGCAGUGCGUCAAGACCGCAAUUAAAUUCGUCCACAGACACAACUCUCUCGACAAGUGGCAGCCAAAGUUGCAUUCUGCCUGGCAGACAAGUGGCUAUGCCACGGAGAAGGACGAGUGACUUCUGAUUCCCACAGCCGGGGCGCAGCAUAAUUUGAUGAAUCCGUCAAGUGUCUGCUUGCCACGACCGACACACUUUUGCCAACUCGAAGACUAAGUUUCCGGCGCCAAUUGAAAUCGGCGCUAGUCUCGAAAAAGGGCUUAAAGUUUUCUAUGUAUUUCGAGGGCCGGAGCUUUAAGUGUGGCGGCGCAAAACAAUAAAAAACCAGCGCAACCCCAAAA